AUGGACCCAGCCGACGUUGAGGGUCAGAUGAAGGACGUCUCGUCUCAUGAGAUUGAGAAUGUCACCGAAGCAGUCUCGUUUUCUCCAGAGGAGGAGAAGGCAUUGGUGAAGAAGAUUGACCUCACUCUGCUACCCACUGUCUGGAUCAUGUACCUCCUGUCCUACCUUGACAGAACCAACAUCGGCAAUGCAAAAAUAUCUGGCAUGGAGGUCGAACUCAACUUGACGUCCAACCAAUACUCAAUAGCCCUGGUUGUCUUCUUUGUCGGAUACGUGGUCUUCGAGGUACCGAGCAAUCUUGCUCUGGGCCGAUCCCGACCUUCGAUCUUCCUCCCAUCGAUCAUGAUUCUGUGGGGGGCAUUGACGUGUGUGAUGGCUGCCGUCAAAAGCUUCACCCACCUGGUCGUCCUUCGAGUCAUUAUUGGAUGUGUUGAGGCAGGCUUCGCUCCUGGUGUGAUACUUCUCCUGUCAUCAUGGUACAAACAAACCGAACAGUCGAAGAGAUUCGGAGUCUUUAUCUCGGCGGCUGUUCUAUCGGGUGCCUUUGGUGGCCUGAUUGCUGCCGGCAUCGUUGAAGGUCUGGAAGGUGUUCAUGGUAUUCAGGGCUGGCGGUGGCUGUUCAUUAUCGAAGGUGCUGCAACCGUCGGUUUCGCUGUGAUUUCGCUAUUUAUCCUUCCUGACUUUCCGGGAACAUCGCGCCGUCUGUCUGAGCGCGAGAAGCAGAUCGCCGUGACCCGCCUGGCCAUUGACAAUGUCACCGCUGCUACCGCGGAUAGCGAGCAUCUGAGCAAUGUUGGUGCUUGUAAGGUGGCAUGCCGGGACUGGCGCGCCUGGGCAUUUGUAAUUGGUUACAUGGUCAUUGUUGGCUCGAGUACCCUGACCUACUUCUACCCAACCCUCGUAGAAGGGCUUUUUGGAAAUGCAUCCACUAAAAAGAUCAACUUGUUAACUGUCCCAAUUUAUGGCGUGGCGUUUGUCGCGACUGGUAUCACAUCCUACUGCAGUGACAAAGCACCCAAUAACCGUGGAUUGAUCAUUGCCGGCUGGCUGACCGUUUCCCUGAUAUGCUCGAUCAUUGUCUGUACUGUAUACAACUUUACAGCUCGAUAUGUUCUCCUGAUCCUCAUGGCGGCUGGCCUGUGGGCCACCAAUGGAGGAACACUAGCCUACGCCUCCUCUGCUUUUGGCGGGAUGCAUCCACAGGCCCGAGGUGUUGCUUUGGCCAUGGUGAAUGCACUGGGUAACCUGGCCCAGAUUUACGGAUCGUACCUGUUUCCGGAAGACGAUAGCCCCAAGUAUAUUAUGGGAUUUUCAGUCAUCUCUGCGAUGUUAGCAGUAGGCGUGGUUGUGUUUUUGUUCUUGCAUGUUUGGUUCCGGAGGCGUCUGCGGUCAGGCACCAUCUAG